GGUCUCUCCCAAACCCUUGGGAGACCGUCGACCGAGUUGCCCUCUGACUGCGCCCGCGCUUUAUCUCCGAAGAGCACGAUGGCCGCCGCCACCGCCACCGCCUCUACGUCCUUCUCGCCGCCUCCGUGCUGUUCCCUUCGUCGACGGUUCCAUGCCUCUCCCGACCGGGCCGCCACCAUGCCCCUCCCCCGUCUCCUCCUUCUGACCCGCCACCAGCUCCGCCACCGCCUCCGCCGCUCUGCCGUCUCCGUCGCCGCCUCCGUCAAGCAGGAGGAGAUCCUCUGGACGCGAGCGCCCGUCUCCGUUGUGGAGCCCGCUGCAGAGUCUCUCUUCCACGUCUCAGUAGACUUGAGCGACAGCCCCGGCCUUGCCGCCUCGUAUGUCGCCGCGGGGCAGUAUCUCCAGGUCAGGGCCCUCGAGUGCCGGCCGGCCUUCCUCGCCAUCGCUUCCCCUCCGUCACCCUCCGGCACGAAAUUGGAGUUCCUUAUCAAGGACAUCGACGGGUCCGCGGCCUCGCUUAUCUGCCGGCUCCGCCGCGGCGAUGUCGUCGAGCUCGGCCCGGUCAUGGGCAAGGGCUUCAACAUCUCCGAGAUCUCCCCGCCCGAGUCCUUCUCCUCCGUCCUCAUCUUCGCCACUGGCUCUGGGAUCAGUCCCAUUCGAGCCCUUAUAGAAUCAGGUUUUGAUGCAAAGAUGCGUCCAGAUGUGCGCCUUUAUUAUGGAGCAAGAAAUCUUCAAAGGAUGGCCUACCAGGAUAAAUUCAAGGACUGGGAAUAUUCUGGUGUUAACGUAAUUCCUGUCCUAUCACAACCAGAUGAUAGAUGGACAGGAGAGAAAGGUUAUGUACAGGCAGCAUUUGCUAGAGCAAAACAAAUUUUGGAUCCUUCAACUACUGGUGCAGUUCUCUGUGGUCGCAAGCAAAUGGCUGAGGACGUCACCUCCAUUCUUGUUGCUGAUGGUGUCUCAAGCAAAAAGAUUCUCAAGAACUUCUAACUGCAGCCAGCAGGACUUCAAUGUUGUAACGAUUGUUGGAGAGUAAAAGCACCGCUUCAUUAUUUCUCCGAUGUUUCAAAUAUCUAUUUGAUGUAGUAAUUCUUUUACAGAGAAACUUUACCUCUGUAACAAUUCAUGAGGAUAUACAAUAAGAGAUGCCUUCUGAGUUUAAGCA